AUGUUCAUCAAGGAUGCAAUUCUUCCCCACGUGCCGCAUAUUUUCGUGCUCAGCAUUUUGACGUUUUUGACAUACCGAAUAUGGCAAAAAUAUGUCACCCAAAGGGGAACGCUUCCACUACCACCCAGUCCUCCCGGCAUCCCCAUCUUAGGAAAUUUGAUUGAGUUUGUGAAAGACGCCAAGCAAGCAUCGCAGCAUAUUUUGCUUCAGAAAUGGGCCGAGAAGCAUGGGGAUAUCGUCGGAGUCAAAAUCGGACCCAUGACUGAAUACUAUGUUAACUCGGACCGUGCAGUCAAGGAAAUCUUUGAUCGUGCAUCUGCUGUUACUGCCGAGCGGCCUCGCUGGAUAGUCAGUAACGAGCAGAUCUGCAAUAAAAUGAAUGUACUUCUUCUGAACUCUAGUGACGCUAGAUGGAAGAAUCAACGCCGUAUUAUACACUCGUGCAUGACUAGUAUACCUAAUGCCGAUGCGGCUCUCAAAUUUUUGCAUUUUGAAUCUGCAAAGUUCCUCAAUGAGGUUGCCAGUGCUGGACCAAACGGGCUGUCAAAUUCAAAAUUCUUGGAAAGCCUCUCAAGGUAUACCUAUAGUACCUUUACUUCUCAGACAUUUGGAAUGGAGAUCACAGAUACGAAUAGCCCAGUAAUCGGGUACAUUCACGAAACCGGACUGGCGCAGAUUCUCGGCACACUUCCCGGCUCAUACGUCGUUGAUGUGCUACCCUUCCUGGAUAUGAUGCCCAUGUUUUUGAAGCCAUGGGAGCAACGUUCACGAGAACGGUUUAGAAGGGACUUGGCAUGGUGCAUGGAACGCCUGGAUCGGGUCAAAAACCCCAAGUCCACCGACCCAGAGAUCCCCAAAGAGGCAUUCCUUCGCACUCUUCUUCAGGAGUCGAAGAAAUAUGGGGUAGAGCCCGAGGAAGCAGCAUACUUGUCACUUAUGCUAGUCUUAGCGGCAGCAGACACGGUUUGA